UGAUACUUUUUUUUUUCAAAAAAUGUAAAUGACGUUUUAACAUUGAAUAAUUACGUUUCAUGAGUUCGGUACGUUAUAAUGACAUCAAAGAAAUCGAUGGGAAAAUUGUUAUAAAUAUGCUACGAAUUUUCUCCAAAAUAAAUUAAAUCAAAUCAAAUUCGAAUCAAAAAAAAAAAAUCAAUCUAAAUCUCUAUAUUUACAUUUACAAUAAAAAAAUAAACAUGUCUGAACCAUCCAGAGUCGAUGCUAACACCAAAUACUACCAAGGUGCUGUCAAGGAAACUAUUGGCAAAGCGAUAGGUAAUGAACAAAUGGAAGCCGAAGGAACAGCCAAAAAACUUGAAGGCGAAGGUGAAUAUAAAGCAGCACAAACAAAAGGACAAGCAGAAGGAUUAAAGGAUAGCGUCACUGGAACCGUAAAAGAAACCACUGGUAAAGCCAUCGGUAAUCAACAGAUGCAAGCUGAAGGCAACAUCACCAAAAAUACUGGUGAUGCAAAGAAAGAAGCUCACAAACAUUAAAUCCAUUAAAUUAGGAAUUAUUUAUUUUUUUUUAUUAUUAUAUGAAAUUUUUUUUUUGUUGGGGAACUUUCUAUUUUUCGCAAAAUAAUAAUACAUUGUUCUUUAUGUAUAAUUAAAAGUUCCCGGUGAUCUUUUUUAUUAUAUUUAAAUAAAAUUACUAAAUCAUUAAUGUGACCAAAAA